UGCAUUUUUUAAAGAGAUUUGUCUCAAAUCUCUCGAUACGAUCGAUUGCGCGUCAAUUCCUCACGAGAGACAUUCCCGCAGCUCAAGAUAAUUCAAUUACAUUUCAAGUGGUCUCUAAUUCAGCAAUGAAUUCAUCCGUUUUGGAGACAUUUUGCGCGCGCAAGUUGUUAAGGUGACGAUAAAUGGAUGAAUGAAAAGUUGAAAAAUUGCUCAAGGAAUUCCCAAUUGCAGUAUGGAGGGAUUACAAAAGAUACCACACACCAGUCGUUGAGACAAAUUACAUAAAUACUCUUGGACAUGUGCCACUCGAUAUCAACUGAAGAUUCUGACCACUUGUUAACACUAUCGGCUUGCCUCAGUCUCACCGGGGCGUAUAUCACCAUUUGAUCCGCCAAUUGAUAAAGUGCCUUAGACCCAAGCAAUUGGACUCUCAUUCAUUGUACUGGGAAUUUCAGUGUCAAUUGGGUGGGCUCCUGAAACACACUCGUCUUGGUCUGAUCCUCUGGUGUGCUCAGAGAUCACAGUUGAACCGUCUUAUUGUGCUUUAAACUUGUCUUUGCGACUCACUGUGAAUUUUAAAUUGUCACCAUGGCGGAAAAGACUCCCUCAGCACCUCCAAGUGAAGAGAAACCAAUUGGAUUCAAUCUCAGUGAAUUCAAUUCCACAACAAUCCUCACGGAAAAGCAGAAGCUCGAAGAUGAGGAAGACUACAAUCCCUUUGUGCAUCGAGUUGUGGAGAAGCCCAAUUCGACUGGAGGAGCUCUGGCGCAUUUACUGAAAAGUUCCUUGGGAACAGGAAUCCUGGCCAUGCCAAUGGCUUUCAAAAAUGCCGGUCUCCUCUUUGGUGGAAUUGGAACAAUUGUAGUAGGAAUUCUCUGUACAUACUGUGUUCAUAUUCUGGUGAAAACGUCACACGAUGUUUGCAAAAAAGGCCGAGUACCCUCAUUAGGAUUUGCAGAAACUGUGGAAAAAGUCUUCGCACUGGGACCUCAGCCAAUUCAGAAAUUUGCAAAUGCUUCCAAACUCUUUGUCGACUACGCACUCAUGGCGACGUACUAUAGUGCUGCCUGUGUCUACAUUGUCUUCAUCGCGACGUCCUUCGCCAAAGUCAUCAAUUUUGAGCUAGAGCUCGACUGGGACGUUCGCAUCUACAUUGCACUAAUCUUCAUUCCAGUCUUGAUCAUGGGACAAAUCAGGAUACUUAAGUACCUUGUACCCUUCUCUGCCAUCGCUAAUCUCUUCAUCAUCGUCACCUUUGCCGUCACUCUCUACUACAUGUUCAACGUGGAGCUCGAAUUUCACGAUAAACCACUCUUCUCUAGCUUUGGCCAGCUGCCACUCUUCUUCAGCACUGUGAUCUUUGCAAUGGAAGGAAUUGGCGUUGUGAUGCCAGUGGAGAAUUCCAUGAAGAAACCCCAGCAUUUCCUUGGCUGUCCAGGAGUCCUGAACACUGCUAUGAUAACUGUGAUUGUCCUGUACGCUGUGAUGGGAUUCUUUGGCUACGUACGAUUUGGUGAUAUUGUUGAGGGCAGUAUAACGCUGAAUUUGCCCCAGACAGAACCACUCGCUCAAACAGCUCAAAUUCUCAUCGCUUUGGCCAUUCUGUUCACCUUUGGCCUUCAGUUUUACGUCCCCAUGGACAUUCUGUGGCGAAAGCUGGAGCACAGGAUCCCCAAAGAGAAGCACAACAUCUCUCAGAUUGCCAUUCGCACAGGAAUCAUCUUAAUUUGCUCAGCUGUUGCAGCUGCUGUACCCAAUCUUGAGCCCUUCAUCGGUCUCGUGGGUGCUCUGUUCUUCUCCACACUCGGACUUUUGGUUCCAGCUGUCGUCGAGACCAUCUUCAAGUGGCCAGACAACCUUGGACCCUUAAAACUAAUCCUCGUUAAGAACAUUAUUGUCGGAAUUUUUGCCAUUUUUGCCCUUGUUUCCGGAUCAAUUGUCAGUAUUUCGGAAAUUGUUGAAAUCUACCGAGGUGAGGAACACUAGAGCCUCAAAUCUAGCCUAGAGAGCUAGGCUAGAGUCAAACUCAAAAUAAACCUACCCCAGACUAAUGGCCUACGCGCAAUCACUUAAGUUGUGUAAACAUGUUUCUAAACUAAAUUUUUGAAAAUUUGUGCACAGAAGAAAUGUCAAACUUGUAAACAUGUGUUUGACACUUUUGACAUUUCCAACGGAAUUCGUUCAUUUUCAAUUUCAAAAAUAUGUUUACAAGACAAAAGUUAUUGUGCAGACUCCAUAAAAUCCUCCUAAGGACUAAAAGAACAGCCUUCCCCGAAAAAAUACAGGACUUAAAUGACGCCAUUGAGCGUCACUGUUGUGUACAUAUUUAAUAAUAAAAAUAAUAAUAAAAAAAAAAACAGGAGAAUGUAUUGUAAGAAAAACUUUUAUAAAGUGACCGUUUUUUCAAAACCUUUGUUAUUAUCCUUAAGAAAAAAAUACUAGAUUUUUUUGUAAUUUUUAAUUUAAUUUAUAGAAUACAAAAAAAAUGGAAUAGCUUUAAGUGAAAUUUUUUGAGAAUGAGAACACAAAGUGAUGAGAUAGUGACAAAUUUUUGAAUUCAUGAAAAUAAAAUUUAUAAAUGAAUAAUUGCAA